AUGCCCAUAGAGACUAUCAAGCCCGGCCACGUAGGUAUCGACGAGAUUCGUGUCAUCAAACUACAGCCGGCUCCCUCGUUGGUUUCACCUCUUGUGGCCAAACUCGCCGUCGUUCGGAUAGGAGAUGAAUCCGUUCAGUAUGAUGCGCUCUCGUAUAGGUGGGGAGACGCUGGCGACCCUGUUAGCAUCCGUGUCAAUGGGCGUUACAUGGCUAUCACCAAAAGUCUACACACAGCCCUGCGCUAUCUACGACAUGACCUGGAGGAAAGGGUCAUCUGGGCCGACAGCAUAUGCAUAAACCAGAAAGACACGGAAGAAAGAGUCGCCCAGGUUAUGGACAUGGGCACAAUUUAUCGUGAAGCGGCUUGCGUAAGGAUCUGGUUGGGGGAAGAAGCGCAACAUUCCGCUGCCGCGCUGAGCUUGCUCAACAACUGCGACGAGCUGCAACACGACUCGGAAAUCGUGCAGAGAAUCACUGGCGAUGCAGUGGGGGUCGAUGGACUGACGGAGGUCCUGAAUCGGCCGUACUGGUCCCGCAUGUGGAUGUUUCAAGAAAUCACCCUGGCCCGUAGGGCAAUCGUUCAUUGCGGCAUCUUCACCGCGGACUGGUGGACCUUGAAAAGGCUGGACACCAUCAUCGGCAACUCGUCAAAGUUGGCGGGAGCUCAACGAGGCGGUACCGUCCAUGGCCUGCGCAAAGCCUUCCUAAACAUUGCGCAUUUCAUCAUCCCGCUCACCGAACUGGGGAGUAUCGACAACGUUCUUUUUCCGACCAGCCGGCUGGAGGCGACGGACGACCGGGACAAGCUCUCUGCGCUUAUGGGCGUGUGCAACAUUGGUGACUACCUGAUGGCCGACUACUCCAAAACGACGCGCGAGACGUACGCGGACUUCACACGAUGCUACAGUCAAAGCACCGGCGAGCUCAGCCUACUUUGGGCGGCUGGCCUGCAUCGGGCAGCCAACGGGCCCAACAUAGGCUUGCCUUCGUGGGUGCCGGACUUUCGCGGCAGAAGCGGAAAGGACCCCGUCUUUCUUGCUGCAGGGUACUCCAAAGUGUUUGACGCGUGCGCGGGGAAGCGUUUCUCAGAGCCCAGAAAUCCUUCUCGGAGAACGGGCUGGGACUCUGGCGUUCUCGAGGUCGAAGGGCUGCUCAUCGACCAGGUGACCAUGGCACAGCCCUUUCACGCAAACGAAGCUGGCAGAAUGGAGAUGUAUCGGACUUUUGAAGUCUGCUCUGGUGGCCGUCACUCGUCUGGCAAGUCCCGGAUCGAGGCGUUCUUCGAGACCAUAAUCUUCGACACCGACGAGCCCAAAAGCGGAGACUCUGACCGAGUCAUCGACGAGAAGCAAGGUCGCCGGCUCCAGCACAUGCUCGGCUUCAUGAAGGACUUGGAGACGCUGCAAGCCGACGUUGUUCCUCGGAAGCGAAACGGGUGCGUCGACUUCUCUGUCCUUUUCGGCUCCGAGGUCGUGGACCACUACGACGGCCUCGCAAGGUUGCAACCGGACACCCUCGAAGGGCAUCGCAAGGCUUUCGUGAAGGAUUUCAAGUACAACAUGGGCAGUACCUCGAGCCUCUUAUCUACUCGGGCGAAUUACUUUGGCCGGUGUAAUGACAGCGUGCAGACGGGCGAUAUUGUUGCGUUGCUUUCUGGAUGCUCGUUCCCCGUUGUUCUCCGCAAGUGUCAGUCAGGGUUCGAGUUUGUCGGCGUGGCGUAUGUCAGCGGGCUUAUGUAUGGAGAGCUGAUGGAUGGCGUGAAAGGUUCGGCAGUUCAGGGGAUAUCGCUGGUCUGA